UUAAUCAGCUGUUGUUUGGUACUGUGAACGUAUGUAAACAAUUAAUUUAAACUUACAUUUUUGUGUUUAAUUCAAGUACUUUUUAUAAUGAGUGAUGAUAAGGAAUUAAAAUCUGAAGAAAAAAAGCCUAUUUUAAUUAAAAAUGCUACUGAUCUGCAACGGUUAAAACUAGAAAAAUUGAUGAAAAACCCCGAAAAACCAGUGGUGAUACCUGAGCCGCCGAAACAGAAGUCUUUGGCGGCACCACCUGACUUUGUGCGGAAUGUGAUGGGGUCUAGUGCUGGCGCUGGCUCGGGAGAGUUCCACGUAUAUCGCCACCUCAGGAGAAAGGAGUAUGCAAGGCAGAAAUUCAUCCAAGAAAAAAGUGAAAAGGAAAAAUUAGAUGAAGAGUACCAUAGAAAAUUAGAAGAAAACAGGCGACUUGCAGAGGAAAAAACUGCUAAGAAACGAGCAAAAAGAUUAAAGAGAAAGAAAAAUGCAAAACAAAAGAAAAACAACCCAAGUGUUGGAAAUGAAAAACAGUCAGUUUCAUCACAAUCUGAUAGUAGCAAUGAUGAAGAUGAACAAGACCAAAAAGAUGAGAACGAGGAACAAAAUGAAAACAAUAGUAGCUAAUCAUCAUUUGUAGAAACUAAUUCAAAUGAUCAAUUAUUUUAAAUAUUUUAUAUAAGCAUAAAGAAACACAUUUUCAUAUCAAUGACAAUUUUAUUACACUAAUAAUAAAAUGACAGAAUGAAUAACUACAUCUUUAAUUUUUAUAAUAUUUAAACGGACACUGCAAAAUCUUUAUACUGUAACUCAUUCACAAGAAAGAGGGAAGUGGGAAUUAGCAUAGUUGAGAAUAUUAAAAGUUCUUUACUUUUGUGAUAA